UCUUUAUCAUCUUUUAAGGCAGCUCAAUUUAUUUAUUAUAGCACUAUCUUUGUCCUUAUAAGAAGGACUUCGGCAUAUGCAUAAAUAAAUUUUUACUAUUUUGAUUCCAAACCAAAUCAUUUCGGGAUUUUAUUUUAGUUUGGUGAAUUACAGGUUUCUCUGAUUUUCUUGUAGAUUCAAAUAAAUAAAAUAUCAUUAUUAAAAAAAUCAUUUCGGAUUUUAGAUUAGCUGGUCUCGAGCAAUUGACUUUUUGGACUGGUCCGAAUUGUGUAAGGUGAAUUGGGUCGGAGAUUUGGGGGCUGCAAUUCUACGCAAAGUGGGGUACAGAAACGACAACGUUGAAGUAAAAUAUUCGGGAGUAAUGAAAAAGGACGGAAGAGGAGAUGAAUCAUGAAGAAGCAGGAAAGGUGGAAUACAGAGACAAAGAAAUGACUGACGCUUGCAUAAGAGCAGUCGUCGAAUCGAUCCACUCUUCCCCCACCCAGGCCGUCAUCUACCUCUCCGGCGGCGCCUCUCUCGCUCUAGGAUGGUUAAUGUCAGUUCCUGGAGCUUCAAAUACGGUGCUGGAAGCUGUCGUACCAUACUCCAGAAUGUCAAUGAUCCAAUUACUUGCCAAGAUUCCUGCCCAGUAUUGUGGCCAACAAACUGCCGAUGAAAUGGCUUUGCUUGCUUAUAAUCGGGCGCUGAAGCUAUCUUCUCCAGGUUCUCCAGUUCUUGGUGUGGGGUUUACCGGUUCUUUGGCUACCAUGCGUCCUAAACUUGGGGACCAUAGGUUUCACUUGUCAACAAGAACACAUGAUCGACAUUGGGCAUCUACAGUUACUCUGUCAAAGGGCUUGAGGAGUCGAGAUCAGGAAGAAAAGGUCUCAAGUUGCUUCCUACUGAAGGCAAUUGCUAAUGCAUGCAAAGUCCCUUCCACAUUUGAUUCUGAGUUGACUGAAUCUGAAGUUGCGGAUGAAUGUGAAAGGUUCUUCGAUGAAGAUCAGGAGUUAGAGCAACUUAUAAAUGGGCAAAUUUGCUUUAAGGUUUAUCCGUUUUCAACUGAUACAUCAAAUGCUGAUAGGAAGAUAAUACUGUCUGGAUCCUUUAAUCCAUUACAUGAUGGUCAUCUCAAGCUCUUGGAAGUUGCCACUAGCAUUUGUGGCAAUGGAUAUCCGUGCUUUGAAUUAUCUGCCAUCAAUGCUGACAAACCUCCACUGUUGAUAUCACAAAUAAAAGACCGUGUUUUGCAGUUUGAAAAAGUUGGAAAGACGGUAAUAGUUUCCAAUCAGCCUUAUUUCUAUAGGAAAGCUGAACUUUUUCCAGGGAGUGCUUUUGUUAUUGGUGCAGACACUGCAGUGAGGCUUAUCAAUCCUAAAUACUAUGAUGGAAGAUAUGAUAAGAUGCUAGAAACGCUUACUGGAUGCAAAAGAACAGGAUGCACCUUCAUUGUGGCUGGUCGGAAUGUAGAAGGUGCUUUUAAGGUGCUUGAGGAUCUUGAUAUACCUGAAGAUUUGAGAGAUAUGUUUGUCUCAAUACCAGCCGAAAGGUUCCAAAUGGAUGUAUCUUCCAGCGAAAUAAGGAAAAGCCGUGGAAUGUAAAUCCCAUAAUGAGAUCAAAUUUGAACAUGAGUUUUAGGAUAUAUUUCUGUUCAAUAACAAUAAAGGAUGAUAAAUACAUAUACAGCUUCGUCCUUGUUAUUCUUUUAUGUAUUAUUUCCGGGACCCUAAUGUUGGUUCCGAGGUGCAUUGAAAGAGUAAUAUGUAAGAGCUACACGUUUUCCUUGGUCUGAAAGCAUGUGAAAGUAUCAUGUUGGAUAUUUCUUUAGAGCAAUAAAUGAAAUAUUUAAAGAUUAUUCGAAAA